GAGGGCAGGCCACCUGUUUACCCAGUUGGACCGCUUGUUCAGUUCGGUUCAGACCAUGGGGUUGAAGGUUCCGAGUGUUUGAGGUGGUUGGAUAAGCAGCCAAAUAAUUCAGUGUUAUUCGUUUCAUUUGGUAGCGGUGGGACGCUUUCACAUGAGCAGCUACAUGAAUUGGCCUUAGGACUUGAAAUGAGCGGGCAGAGAUUUCUUUGGGUUGUUAGGAGCCCAAAUGAGAAAGCUGCGGAUGCCGCUUACUUCAGCGGACAAAGCGCAUAUGAUCCUUUUGCUUUUCUACCGGACGGGUUCUUGGAGAGGACAAAAGGGUUGGGUCUAGUGGUGCCCUCCUUGGCUCCUCAGGUGCAAAUCCUAAAGCAUGCCUCGACCGGGGGGUUCCUGAGCCACUGUGGGUGGAAUUCAACCCUGGAGAGCAUUCUGCAUGGCGUACCGUUGAUUGCAUGGCCACUCUACGCGGAGCAAAGGAUGAACUCUGUACUGUUAGCUGAUGAUUUGAAGGUUGCUUUGAGGGUCAAAGUCAAUGAUAAAGGCCUGGUGGGACACAAAGAUAUUGCAAACUACGCAAGAGGGGUAAUUGAGGGAGAAGAAGGAAAAUUGCUAAGGAGCAAAAUGAAAGAAGUAAAGAAUGCAGUUGAAAGGGCUUUGAGCCAAGAAGGGUUGUCAACAAAAUCACUAGCGGAGGUGGCUCAGAUCUGGAAGAGUAGCAAAGAAAAGUAAUAAGCAGUAAAUUAAAUGUGGUUUGUUUCUCACUUUCUCGAAUUCCUUUUUGAAAACUUUCUUUUUGAUAUUUUCAAAAUGCGAGUACCGAGUACGUUUUGUGUUUGCGACAACUAGAUUCUAUAAAUAUAAUGCAAGGA